UUGUAUUUUUUGACCGCAGUUAUUUUCAAUUUGAGUUUUCUUUGGUGCCUGUUUUGCCGCUUGACAAGUUGAGACGAUGAGCGAGCCGCGGCACAUUCGACGCCAGGCUUCAGCACCACUGCACCCGUCGACACGGCGGCGCGGCAGCAGCGCUGGGGGCAGCGGGGGCAGCGCAGAGCCACCAGGCAGCGCAGACUCUGUCGCCAGCGCACCAACGCCAAACUCGUCCCAGCACCACCAGUGGUACUUUGGCUCGUCGCCCAACGCCGUCCACAGCCCGCCGCUGAGCACGGCAGACAUGCCGCCGCUCGUCUCGGCCGGCGCGCAGCAGCACCAUCUCGACGCCAGGCAGCAGCAGCAGCAACAGCAGCAACAGCAACAGCAACAGCAGCUCGCGCGUGCAGGCAGCCCAAAUCAGCCUCACUCUGCAGGUUCACAGUCGCACGCCAUGACCACCGCAGCCAUGAGCGCCGCAUCACAAGCCACCGGUUCGCACACCACUGCAACAGCGGCAGCGGCAGCAGCACCCAACACUGGCGGCGCUGGCGGAUUGGCAUCGCCGUCGUCGUUGUCGUUACCUGGCGCGCAAUCGGCUCAUGCAACACCUUCAUCCACAUCGAAUUCGUCGUCUUCGCAUCUGCACUCUGGCGCGUCCGUGCCAGGCCGACGCGAAUCCCUCGGGGCUGCGUGGGCACUGCACGGACAUAGCAUGCCCGACCUGACCCAGCAGCACCGGUCUGCUCCUCACCCCUUCCUGCAGCAGCAUCACCAACAACAGCAACCGCCACAACAACAACAGCAACAACAACAACAACAACAACAGCAUCUUCUAUUACAACAGCCUCCAUCUCAACAUCCGCAACAUCACCAUCAGCAAGUGCCGUUGACGCCGCAGAAUUCGCUCCAGUUGAGCACUUUGCUCGCAAUCGCCACUUUCCAUCAUUCACUGUUCAUUCCGCGUUAA